CCUCCGUGGCAGUGGAUGAAGGUGAAAGGAGGUGACAGGUCACACCAGGACCCCAGGAUGUCGGACGCCGAAGAGCAGGAAUAUGAAGAGGAGCAGCCUGAAGAAGAGGAGGCCGCCGAGGAGGAGGAGGAAGCCCCCGAGGAGCCGGAGCCGGCGGCAGAGCGAGAAGAGGAGCGCCCCAAACCAAGCCGGCCCGUGGUACCUCCUCUGAUCCCGCCAAAGAUCCCAGAAGGGGAGCGUGUGGACUUCGAUGACAUCCACCGGAAGCGCAUGGAAAAGGACCUGCUGGAGCUGCAGACGCUCAUCGACGUCCACUUUGAGCAGCGGAAGAAAGAGGAAGAGGAGCUGGUGGCGCUCAAAGAGCGCAUCGAGCGGCGCCGGGCGGAGAGAGCCGAACAACAGCGCUUCAGAACAGAGAAAGAGCGAGAGCGCCAGGCCAAGCUGGCGGAGGAGAAGAUGCGGAAGGAAGAGGAAGAGGCCAAGAAGCGGGCCGAGGACGACGCCAAGAAGAAGAAGGUUCUGUCCAACAUGGGUGCCCAUUUUGGGGGUUACCUGGUCAAGGCAGAACAGAAGCGAGGGAAGCGCCAGACGGGGCGGGAGAUGAAAGUGCGUAUCCUGUCUGAGCGUAAAAAGCCUCUGAACAUCGACCACAUGGGAGAAGAGCAGCUCCGGGAGAAGGCCCAGGAACUGUCGGACUGGAUCCACCAGCUGGAGUCAGAGAAGUUUGACCUGAUGGCGAAGCUGAAGCAGCAGAAAUAUGAGAUCAACGUCCUGUACAACCGCAUCAGCCACGCCCAGAAGUUCCGGAAGGGGGCCGGGAAGGGCCGCGUUGGAGGCCGCUGGAAGUGAGGAGCUGGGCACAGCGCCCCCGGAACCCCUCGAGGCACCUGGGAGCCCUUGGCCUGUGUGUCCAUCCGGGCUGUGCGUCCACCUGGGGCUUGAAAUAAAUGCUCCCCCUGCAGCA